GGUUAAGUCUACUUUCGUUAUAUAAAGUGAACAAAGUUACCAUAGUUUUUCAUUAUGACCGAGAAAAGUCAUCCAAAUGAAACAAGAGGAGAUGUUUGGCAAGUUCCAGGGACAAAUCAGAGAGAGAAAAACAUAAAAGACGGACGAAGAAUAGACGUUUUGAAUGAGCUAAAAGCUAAUGUAAAGAAAUUAGAGAAUUUAUUGGGCAUUUUGGGUACUGGUAAAUCAUCAUUUAUAAACACCGUCAUAACAGCAUUGACGGGAAGAUACAAACCUUAUGCAGACAUUGGCUGCGGAAGUAAGCACAACACUACAAGAUUACACAAGAUUUCCUGCAAAGAGUACUGGGACCAUGAAAAUGAAGAAGAUGAAGCACUAAAUCUUCCCAAUUUCAUAGACAUCAUUGGAUUAGAUGUUCAGCUGUCAAAUCAAAAGGAAGAGGAUACGGUUAACAGCCAGAUAAUGAGACUGAUUAUCAACGGUAAACUAUCAGAAGACUACGACCUUCUGGAUUUGGGAAAGAAACUGAAAGAAGGAAAUGAAAGGAAAGAAGGAAUGGAAUUAGUGGAUAGAUCGGAAGAUGAGUCGCUUGCUAUAGACAUAAUUAUUGUUGUCAUAUCACUGGAAGAUAACAACAUCCCACAUGCCCUGCUAGAGGAAAUCUACGCAGAAGCUAACGUUAGAACAAGACAGAUCCCGGUCUUUUCCGUGUUGACAAAAAGGGAUAAAUGCGAUUUAUCUCAAAAAGGGUUGGAGAAGAAGAAGAAAGAUAUUGCUGAAGCAAUGAGCAUUGCAGCUAAUAAAAUUCUAAUAUGCGAAAAUUACCAACAGAAUCAAAAUCCCGACUCAAGAGAUGUUGAAAUAUUAGAGUUUUUGACAAAGUCCUGUGAUCCAUGUUUCAAAGCUGUGAAACUACAGAAACCAGAGUUUAAGAAAAAGUUAGCAACCACAUCGGAUACAGAUACUCCUAACACGAACCCCACUUCACCGACAAAAGACUGUUCUCAAAUGAUGUCGGUGACUUUUUUUUGUAGUUGCAAUUCUAAUCGGGGUGUUCAUUCAUAUUAUUACAAAGGACGGUUUUCUUUCGAAAUUGCUGCAACAAAUUCAACAAAAAUUUAGUUUUGACUUUUUUGGAUUUUUUAAGCUUAUUAUAAUUUUGCUUACAUUGAAUGCAUUUUUAUGUUUAGUCAGUAAAGAACUGGGUACGGUAGACAGCAAAAUCAGCCCUGAUUUCAUAAUUGAUGAAAUUUUAAAUAUAACUUAUUUUGAUUUAAAUAUUUGGAGAAUUAACCAGUUUCAAAAGCGUUUGAUUUUGGUAUAUAUCGUUUAAGGUUUUCGUAUUAUAGUUAUCUAAAAGUAGAGUUGUGCAAAGCUAUCAAGCAAGAAUGUCAUUAUGUCAUGAAAUGUGUUGAUAGCGUUAUCCAAACUUGCACUGUAACAGUUUAAAAUUUAACUAAGGUAUUAAGGGAUGAAAAACUUUCUUUCAGCUCUUGGAAGUAAACUCAAUAUAAAUUUAGUGGUGCUUUUCUAUGUUUAUUGACCAUUAAUUUUUUCAAAACUUUUGAAGUUUUCAAUAGAAAAGGAUUUAAAUGAAAUUAAUUGACUGCAAAUCAGAUACGUUUUAACAGUGCUAUAACCAGGAGAUAAAACUAGUUUCACCUAUGGCUUAUCCAAUAAUUAGAUGGAAAAUAAUUUUCCAUCUAAUUAUUGGAUAAGACAUACGUGGUAUUAGUCUUAUCUCUUGAUUAAAUCACAACAAGUACCAGUAGCUAAAAUUACAGAAAAAAAUGCGUAACCCACUUUCUCUUUAGUUUCGAUCAAUCAAGAAUAAAAGCACGCAAAAGUCUACAGCAAAAGUACAAAGAAGACAUACAUGAACGAUUAAAUAAUUAAUCGUAACUCUAAACCUAAGUAUAGAAUUCUAACGUUCUUAUGGAAUAAAUUUUACAUGUUUGAUAUUACUGUAGAAUUUAAUUUAAUUUAGGUAAUUAAUAGAGAGGUACAUGUAUAAAGAAUAUCUCAGAUAUAUAAAUGCAUACUUGUGCAAUAUUAACUGAACAUUUUACAAAAUUUGGUUGGCCUAUAUUUUAUUUCCUUACUAAAACAAUCUUGUGUUAAGUUUGUCAUAUCUACAGCAAAAUGCAAGGGUCUCCUAACUUUUAUAACAUAAAGAUACAUAUAACAUGCGUAUAUUAUAAUAAAAGUAUCCAAACAUUAGAUGAAGAACAAAAUUUAAGGAAGUUGGGUAGAAUAGCUUACUCUCUCGACACAGGUCAACUAAUCUGAACACUGAAAUGCUUGAACCUGAAUUUUUAUUUGGAAUUGUAAUUGAUCCGCCUUGAAAUAGUCAUCAACCAAGUUACACUAUAUACUUAAGAAGUACUAGUAAAUAGACUGAACGCUAAAUACGCGCACAUGGGAUUAGGAUGAUUAUUUUUUUUUACUUGUGAAAGGGUAGUUUUUAGGCCUACAGGGUCGAUAAAACUGAUUUAGAAUUUUUUUUAUAACUUUGUAGUAAAUCAUUUUUCGAGAUAAAAUAAAUCUUAACAACUAUAUUGUGUCUUGAAUCUGACUACUUCUCUUUUUCUCUCUCGGAUAUUUUAGGUAUUGUUACAGUAUAAAAGUCAUCGAAGGUACUUUAUGACGUCAUUUGUUUACACCUGUUACGUGAUUUAUCUAGUAGAGUAUAACGGUACACAGAUAAUGUUAUAUAUAUUAUAAGAUAGACAUUCAUGUCUAUAAAAUUUUGAGGUUUUUUAUAGAAUUAUUCCUCUUAUAUUAUUUAUAAAAACAAUAUCGUAUUUUUUGAAAUUACUACAUAACACUUUUGACCUUUUGAUCUGCAAUAUUCGGCAUAUUAUUGUGAGUAGAUUAAAUAUGAUGUGUAUAAGUACUUUUAAACUGAAAAAAAUGCUUCCGUUUUUGUAUAUAAAAGGUUUUUUUCACUUAUUUAAGUCGAUUGUCAAUAUUAAAAGUCUAUUUUUAUAUUUACAGAUUUAUUCAAAGUUUUUCAUAAUGCAGAAUUUUUUUCAUACAGUACGUAACUACCCAAUAAAACAUCAAUUUUAUAUCAUCUUGAAAAUAGAAAAUAAUUAAAAACAAAAGUGGUUGCAGUCUUGUAAAUAUUCUUCAAUAUUCUUUUUAAUAAGCAAGUUAAAAUUGUACUACUAUGAAAUUUUGUUGCAUGAACUUGAAUGCAGCUUUAGUAGAAAUAUCGGAUCAAACAUGACAAAAAGCCCAAAAAUCCGUAUACAAGGCCCGGUUUUGGAAAUAACAAUUACCAAUCACAUGUUAACGUGUAAAACUUUAGAUAUUAGUCCAACAUACAAGCAUGUGUUCGCGUGCGUUCGUGUGUACAUGUAUCAUGGAUGUAAGACGACUAUCAUUCAUACACUGCUGCACAAGCUUAGUCAUAUUUUCAUCCAAUUCAUGUAAAUACUAGUAAUUUUUAGAAUUUUUUUUAUUAUAAAAUGGCGAAUGAAUAAACAAGCACAAAUUGUAUAAAUCAUUAUUUGAUGUGUCUAACAAAUUAAUUUUUUUUAAAAAUUUGUUUUAUACAUAAAUUAGAUUUUUGUUUAGGUAGAUAGAUCCAAAAUAACAUUAACUUAUUACGCAUUGCUUUGCAAACAAAUACAAAUCACAACUGCUCAAAACGCAUACAUCUAUAGACAUUACAAACACAAGUUUUCCUACAUGUAACAUUGAACAAUAAAUAUAUUGCAAUAUUGUAAUCUACAUUGGUCAUAUCUAGGACAAUAACGGGAAGAUGUUUUUCAUUUUCAAUGAAAGUUUACAAGAAUGACAUACACGAUUUUUUUUUCUAAGAAUAGGUUUCCUUGAGUAUCUCCCUUUUUCGAUAUAUGUGUACGAACAUAAAUUCUUAGCUUUGGUAAGGUUGUUCUUACAGUUUUUUUUACUUGAAAUUGUAGAUAGUUUUGUAAUUUAUAUUCAUUUCAAUUUAUUGCAUUAAUGCAAAAAAGUUAUAUUUUUCGGAAUCCGUUUUUAAAUGUUCUUUGAUUGCUCACAUAUUUUGUAACGAUAACGCUCCUUUAGGUUUUCUCUUUAAGUUUUACUUGUUAUGUCCAAUGAAUAUUAAGACAAUUUCUGUUGCCAGGAUCCUACAGACUCUAGUGUUUUGUUUACUUAAAUGUAGGCAACGGAUUGAUUAUUAUGCUUAUUCUUUUUAAAUCUUAAAAUACAAACAUAUUUUCACAGCACAAAUAAAAUAGUGCGAAUUGUUCAAACUCAUAUAAAACAGCAAUGAUAAAUGAUUUUCUAUGAACAUCCAGAGUGUCUUUAAUUAUCUAGAGCUGAGUUUUUUCAACUGAUAAUAAAUCCUAUUUGUUGUCUGCAAUCCAAAUUUCUGAACCAUAAGUUAAAAUUGGAACAAUCAUAUAUCUUGAAAGUUCUAGUAUUAUUUCGACAAAAAAAUAUAUAUUGACUUUAAGGAAGGAAUCUUUUCUGGUUUUCGACUUGUCAAACGUAAAUUCGAUAAAUUGUUCAUCCAAAGAAGAUGAAAAGAAAUUAAAAUAGUAUAUUUUCUUUCUUUUUUACUCACAUACAACUUGGCAUAGAAAAAGUAAUCAACGAAUAGAAUCUAACAACGACUAUAUUUUUAGCGGUAUAUUGGCGUAGGAAAAUAUCACAUGUUACGCAAUUCAGAAUUGCUGUAAAUUAAUGAAUCUGUAAUAGCAUUUUUUUAAAUUAACAAUAAUGUUCGAAAUUUUAACUAAUGUGAACUAAUGAUAAGAUACUUGGGUUUUAGAAUAUGUUUUUAAAAUAUGAUUUGCCUAUCAAAUUAAAUUUUAUAAGCUUUUUAAAGCCUUGCGACAUGAAACUGAGCACACCUGU